UGCUGACAGUUUUUUGACACGUAUAUAAUUUGUUUACUUGGCCGAUUCUUGAAAUUAUUUUAAGGAAAAUCUGUGAAAAACCAUAAAAUUAAAUAAUUUAGUGCGUGUUUUAAAGUUGGUGCCGCCCUUGUAUUUAAAAUGACCACCGUGGAACAACCCUGCUAUACGAUAAUCAAUGCAUCGUCUGAUUCUGAACCUUACAAUGAAAUGCAUUUAAAAAAUGAUUUGGAAAAAGGGGAUACUGGGCAAAAGGUUGAAGCCCUAAAAAAAAUCAUCAGGAUGAUCCUGGCUGGAGAUCGCCUUCCUCCAGGCUUUCUUAUGAUAAUUAUCCGCUAUGUGUUACCAUUACAGGAUCACACAGCCAAAAAACUAUUGUUAAUUUUUUGGGAAAUUGUACCAAAGACCACUCCAGAUGGUAAAUUAUUACAAGAGAUGAUUUUGGUUUGUGAUGCCUAUAGGAAAGACUUGCAACAUCCAAAUGAGUUUUUAAGAGGAUCCACUUUAAGGUUUCUUUGUAAACUAAAAGAGCCUGAGCUACUUGAACCACUUAUGCCUUCUAUAAGAGUCUGUUUAGAGCACAAACACAGCUAUGUUAGACGAAAUGCUGUCUUAGCAAUCUUCACUAUCUAUAGAAACUUUGAAUUUCUGAUUCCGGAUGCUCCUGAGCUAAUUUCUAACUAUCUAGAUGGUGAGCAAGAUAUGUCUUGUAAAAGAAAUGCCUUUUUAAUGCUUUUACAUGCAGACCAAGAUAGGGCAUUAUCAUAUCUUAGCUCUUGUCUUGACCAGGUCACAUCAUUUGGUGAUAUUUUACAGUUAGUGAUUGUUGAAUUAAUUUACAAGGUUUGUCACUCAAAUCCUGCAGAAAGAUCAAGAUUUAUUCGGUGUAUUUACAAUUUACUGAAUUCAAGUAGCGCGGCUGUUAGGUAUGAAGCUGCGGGAACUUUGGUAACUCUUUCUAGUGCUCCCACUGCAAUUAGAGCAGCUGCUUCUUGCUAUAUUGAAUUGAUUAUUAAGGAAAGCGACAAUAAUGUUAAACUCAUUGUUUUAGAUAAGCUUGUUAACUUAGGAGAGCAUCCUAACUAUAAUAGAGUUUUACAGGACUUAGUUAUGGACAUUCUCAGAGUGUUGUCGAGUCCAGACUUGGAAGUUAGAAGAAAAACCUUAAAUUUAGCCAUGGAGUUAGUCAACUCAAGAAAUAUUGAGGAAAUGGUUCUGUUUUUGAAAAAAGAAGUUUCGAAAACACUUGAUUCUGAGCAAGAAGACACAGGGAAGUACCGUCAGCUUCUAGUAAGAACUCUGCAUUCGUGUUGUAUUAAAUUCCCAGAUGUGGCUGCCACAGUAAUUCCAGUUUUAGUGGAAUUUUUAUCUGAUAACAACGAACUGGCUGCCGCUGAUGUUCUGGUGUUUGUUCGAGAGGCAAUUCAGAAGUUUGAAAAUUUACGGGCCUUAAUUAUUGAGAAACUGUUAGAAUCCUUCAAGGACAUCAAAUCUGUUAAGGUGCAUAGAGCUGCACUUUGGAUCUUGGGAGAAUACGCCACUACGGUGCCGGACAUCGAAGCCGUUAUGAAGGAGGUUGUAAACACUCUGGGCGAAGGCUUUUUAGUAAGUGCUGAGAUGAGACACAAUCAAGGAUUACCAGGUGAGGUGCAGGCAGAAGGAACCGCGCAUGUGCCAUCUGUUACAACAUUGGUGACGUCAGAUGGCACUUAUGCCACUCAGAGUGCUUUUAAUUCUGUGCAGAAAUCUACAAAAGAAAAACGUCCAGCACUGAGGCAGUAUCUCAUAGAUGGUGACUUUUUCAUUGGGGCUGCGCUAGCAACGACGCUCACCAAACUUGCCCUGAGAUAUGGUAACCUGGAGUCCCCGGUUGUUCGUAAUAAAUUUGAUGCAGAGGCAAUGUUUAUUAUGUGCGGGGUUAUUCAUUUGGGAAAUUCUAGCCUAACAACAAAACCAAUCACAAACGACGAUCAAGACCACAUCCUGUUUUGCCUUAGAGUAAUUUCUGACCGAUGCCCAACAAUAAUCGAAAUUUUCACAAAUUAUUGCAGGAACGCUCUAAAGGAAAUGCUAUUGGCAAAAGAGCGCGAGGAAGCGACCACUCAAAAGGCUAAAGAAAAAACAGGUACGAAAAUCCAAACAGAUGAUCCAAUCACUUUCUUGCAACUAGAAACGGAUAAGGGAGGAGAACUCGGAGAAAAUAUGUUUGAAACUUCCCUGUCCCAAGCACUAAUUGGUGGAAGAGGAGCAGGAGCAGACGGUUUAGGAGUGAAUAAGUUGAACAAGGUCACCCAGCUUACCGGUUUCUCUGAUCCAGUCUAUGCUGAAGCCUAUGUUCACGUAAACCAAUAUGAUAUCGUAUUGGACGUGCUUAUUGUCAAUCAGACCAAUGAUACCUUGCAAAAUUGCACCCUAGAAUUAGCAACAUUGGGCGAUUUGAAAUUGGUAGAAAAACCGCAACCGGUAGUUUUAGCUCCUAAAGAUUUUUGUAAUAUUAAGGCUAACGUUAAGGUAGCGUCCACGGAAAAUGGCAUAAUAUUCGGCAACAUUGUCUACGAUGUAACUGGAGCGGCUUCAGAUAGAAAUGUCGUUGUCUUAAAUGACAUUCAUAUUGACAUAAUGGACUAUAUAGUGCCUGCGUCGUGUACUGAUUCUGAAUUUAUGCGCAUGUGGGCCGAGUUUGAGUGGGAGAAUAAGGUAACAGUAAAUACACCCCUGACCGACCUCAACGAAUACCUUAAACAUCUCAUAAAAAGCACAAAUAUGAAAUGUUUGACUCCCGAUAAGGCCCUCUCUGGCCAGUGCGGCUUUAUGGCCGCAAACAUGUAUGCCAAGUCGAUUUUCGGAGAAGAUGCUUUGGCCAACUUGAGCAUUGAAAAGCCAUUUAAUAAACCUGAUGCUCCCGUGCAGGGUCAUAUUAGAAUUAGGGCUAAAAGUCAAGGAAUGGCACUAAGUUUGGGGGAUAAAAUUAACAGCAGCCAAAAAACCGCACAACAAACUAAAGUGGUUGCCGCGGCUUAAAUAUUCCAUCGCUUUUCGUUUUUAUCCUUAGUUUUAUUGUAACAUAAUCUCUAGUAAUUGUAUGUUAGCCUAUAGAUUAUAUAAGUAUUAUGGAUGUGAAUGAAGAUUUUUAAGAUACUAUACUACUUGUAUAUAUAAUAAAAAAUAAAAUGUUGUAAACAUA